GUUAUAAUGAGCAUGCGCAGCCCAAGAACAGAAGAAGAAGAGCUUCAUAAACGGAGAGACGACGCCUCCACGGCCUCUAAGGUGCCCCAUAGGACAUGGAGACGCGCCCACUAGUUCCAGGGGAAGCAGCGAAUGGUGGUGUCCAGGAGCGGCCCGCGGCUCCAGCGCCGCAUCUGCGCUCGGCGCUCAAGCCUAGCCCGAAGCCGCCGGCGCCGCCUCCUGCGCCGGUCCAGCUGCCUAUGGCAUCCACAGCCGCCGGGGCCCUGCUGGGCGCGGUGGGCAUGGCCACGACCGCGGCGUCGAGCGCAGUCCACGUCGCGGCGACUUCGAUCGGGCUACCGUCGACCACCGAGCCGGAAGCCUCCACCAAGUCGAGCUCGCUGACAGCCAGGGACAGGCGCAAGUGGGACGCUCUGCGCGCGGUCGGCAACCCCAUGCAGACGGCGUGCAUGGCGUGCAGCGUACUGUGCGGGCUGCUCCUGCUCGGCGUGCUGGGUUACAUGCUGCUGUUCGCACCUGUCGGACACAGAACGGCCGCCGGGCACGUGCACAGGCCGACGGUGACCGCUGACCCCGACGGGACGACCGAGCGGGAGGACCUCAUAUGGCUGCCCCCUGUCACCGGUGGUCCAGCCGUCCCAAGCCGUCCAGAACAUUCCCAAGCCGUCCAGAACACGAGUGUUGUGAAUGGCUUGGGAAUGUCGCAGCCUCUAGGGGAAUAUCAACCGGACUAAAGUGUUAUUUCUCUCAAUAUACUUUCGCUACAUAUCUUCGAAUUUCGCCAAUGUACAUCACUUGCUAUCGCGUAUACUUAAUUGGUAUUUGAUCUGUGCUGCACUUCUUGCUUUGUUCUUUGUUUUCAUUUUGCAAUGAGUAUAUAGUACUCGUCUAAUAAAAUUAGCCUUUCUUGUU